AUGUCUUCCAAUCCUUCAGUUUCCGAGCUCCAAAGAGCAGCGACAAAGCUCGUCCGAUCAGCAGCAAAACAAAGCGCACUAGGGCAGUUAACUCAGCGAAUUAUCCGACAGAAGAUUGAGGAAGAAUUCGAGCUUGCAAAGGGUUCUUUGGAUGUGCCUCAGUACAAGGGUCCGAUCAAGCAGGCGACAUUGGACGCUAUUGAAGCUUCUAAACGUGAUGGCAGUGAAGAAGAUGAAGACGCACCGACAGAAGAAGCUGCCAUUCCUCCAAAGUCGAAAACAAAAGCGACUAUGAAAAAGACGUCACAACCUGAUGCAUCCAACCCGACCACUAAGAAGCGCAGUGCAAACGGAAAGCUAAAGAAGGUCGUUGUGAGCGACAACGAUGAGGAAGAUGACGCGCCGACUCCGAAGACGGCUAAGCACGUAGUUGACAAGGUAGAUGAUGAUGAAGAGGAUAGUCUUUGGGGCAGCCCUGUGAAGAAAUCAGCAAAAUUGGAUGUAAAGGGCGAGAAGCCGGCUUCGAAGACUACCCCAAAGACGACAAAGUCUACGCCGAGGAAAGCAAAGUCAAAAUCAAGAACAGUACUGUCGGAUACGGAGGACGAGGAAGACCAUGAGCCGGACUUGCAGAAGGAUGACGAGAACGUCGACGAUGAUGAAUAUGAAGACGAAGAACCAAAGGCUAAGCCGAAAUCGAAACAAAAGACAAAUAAAGUCGAGGAUUCCAAACCCGCAAGUGUUAGUAAAGCCAAAACUACGGGGAAAGGGAAGGAAAAGCAGUCUGAUAACAAGAAAUUCAAGUCCUUGGAACACGUCCCGACUUCAGAUAUGGAGCAAGACGAACCCGAUGACCCGCUAUCGAAGAAACCCCUCUCAUCACCCGUAAAGAAACCCAGGAGCAAGACAGUGGACUCCACACCUCGCAAGGCAGCACCUGCUAAACCCAGUUCCAAGCCAAAGUCGAAAUCAAAACCUGUGGCUAAGAAGACAGAAGAUGAGGAGGAGGGAAACAAAAGCGAUGCUUCUGUGCUCUCCGUUCUAAUCGACGAGCCACCGAAGAAAAAGAGAAAAUCGACAUCAGGAACUUCAGAAAAAAAAUCAUCUAAAUCAACCUCAAAAAAACCUGCCGCUGCAAUAUCCAAAGAUGAGGCAACCAUCAAACGCCUCAAGUCUCUUAUGAUAGCCUGCGGCAUGCGCAAGGUGUGGUCGCGAUUUUUAGAGGGAUGCGAUACACCACAGCAACAAAUUAGAAAAUUGAAAGAGACUCUCACCGAAUUGGGCAUGACGGGCAGGAUGAGUCUAGAACAAGCGAAAGCGAUCAAGGAGAAAAGAGAGCUUGAGCAGGAGAUACAGGAUGUCCUGGAAUUUGAGAAGAAGAGUGGUCGAGAGUCGCGAAGCCGAAGCGCUGUUUCUAAAAAUCCCGACGACGAUGACGACGAUGAAGAUAAAUCUGACCAAGGAAAGGAUGAAGACGAGUCAGAAGAUGAAGUACCAGCACCCAGAAAAAUGGCAAACGCUCGUAGAAGUAUCGCAGCUUUCCUUCAGGAUCAAAGCGAUGAAGAAUAA